ACAUAAAUAAAAUAAACCGAACGAAGGAAAGCAGCAUACGUUUGCAGAAUUGAUUCAGAACUCGAUUGGAAUACACAGCUCAAGGGGUUUUGAAUUUCGUGCCGAAGAUAACCGAAUUGCAAGAUGUCGUCUCUUGCAGCUGCGAGGGCAGAUAAUUUCUAUUACCCACCAGAAUGGGACCCAAAGAAGGGUGGGUUGAACAAGUUUCAUGAUCAAGGCAUCUUGAUCAUAAGGUUUGAGAUGCCUUUUAAUAUUUGGUGUGGUGGAUGUGAGUCCAUGAUUGCAAAGGGUGUAAGGUUUAAUGCAGAGAAAAAGCAAGUGGGAAAUUAUUAUUCUACAAAGAUAUGGAGCUUUACAAUGAAGUCUGCAUGCUGCAAGCAUGAGAUUGUUAUUCAAACAGAUCCACAGAAUUGUGAGUAUGUGAUCAUUAGUGGAGCCAGAAGAAAGAUUGAGGAAUAUGAUGCUGAAGAUGCUGAAACUUUGGUGCUUCCAGUUGAUGAUGAUAGAAGUAAGCUGGCAGAUCCUUUUAAACGGCUUGAACACCAGGAGGGAGACAUGAAGAAAAAGAAAGAAGCAGAGCCAGUACUGGUGCGUCUGCAGCGAGUUUCCGAUGCCAGGCAUUCGGAUGAUUAUGCAUUGAACAAAUCUCUUCGGGCGAGGCUUAGGGAUCAGAAGAAAAGAGUAGCUGAAGAAGAGGCUAAUUCCAGAAAAGCAGGACUUGGGAUAAGACUUCUCCCGUCCUCUUCAGAGGAUGCUGCUGCUGCUUCACACGUUAAAUUUGCUGGAAAAUUUGAGAGGAACAGAAAAGACAAGAGGGCACUGAUUCAUGCAAGCUCAAUUUUUUCUGGAUCAUCCACUUCUUCUGUGUCUGAUAAAAGACGUUUGGAGCUUGAAGCUAAGAGGAGAAAAAUAAAUGCUGCCACUGCGUCAAAGUUAUUAGUUGGUGGAGUUAAGCCAUCUUCAUGGACACGGGCUUCUGAUCCAACUCGAAAAUUUAACAGGGCUUAAGGUUGCUGGAUAUCACAUCUCUAACAACCGUGUGCUUGGUGAUCAUGGAUCCUAUAAAGGACUAGGAUUGGUAGAAACAGUUGGUUUUGCCACUAUGGUAAUAGCUUGCAUAUCGCAGUUGCUUGAAUCUUAUAUUUCAGCAAAUUCUGUUAGCGUUUGUGUGUACAUAUUUUGUAUUGAAGCCCCGAGUUGUCGAGCCUUGAUCUCUCUUCUGCUAU